GGGGUUGCCUCACGCUCAUUAUGGCUUUGGGUCGCUUUGUUCUUCUAUGCCCCGGCGUGCGAUGCUGCUGCCAAUCUCCGAAGACCUUCGCCAUGGUGGCGCUCGCAGUAGCGGCGUCCACUGGAAGCGCCUUGGCCAAGCCCGGCUUCGCCCCGCACUCGCCAGAAGUUCAAGCUGUCCACGCCGGCCCCUUCCACACAAUCGUCGAAGGGCUCUCGCGGCCGCACCUGAUCGAACCUCAGGGCACCCCCGUCGGCAUCAGCAUCGUGCCACUGCACGACGCCGGAUACUCUCAGCAGCACGCCAUGGCGCCGGUGACCGUGCAUGUGACCCAAGUGGGCGUUCACCAGGCCCCCGUGAUCGGUGUGUCCGCCGCGCCGGCCGCGGCCGUCGGCCUCAACGAGGGUCCGCUCGCCCUUCACGCCUCGCACCCGCUGCUGAACGCCGUCUCGUCGCCUGGAAUGGUGCUACACGGCGCGCCCGUGCUCGCCGGUGCUGCCUACCAACCUGCCGUGAAGUCCGAGCCUGUCGGUGCCGUGGUGCCUGUCAAGCAAGUGCACCAGGAAGAGCUCGUGCCGCAGCCGUACUCGUUCGGCUACGAGAUUUCGGACGGCUACGGCAACAAGCAAGUCCGGCACGAGGUGAGCGAUGGCCACAACCGCAAGCGGGGCUCGUACGGCUUCGUUGACGCACACGGCAUCUACCGGCAAGUGCGCUAUGUGGCCGACCACAACGGUUUCCGCGCCACAAUCGAAUCGAACGAGCCGGGCGUCGUAGCGGGCUACUCGGCUGCAGCAGCGUUCAAAGUCGGCCAGAGACAAGCCAGGCCAGUGGUUCAUCGCCGGCCGAUACCGCCGCCGCCACACAGGGUGCCCGUGGUCGUUCAAAGGGCUCCGGCGAACCAUCUGGUCCAGAAACCAGUUGGAGUUGCUGCGGCAUUCCAUGCAGCCGUUCCAGCAGGAGUCGCUGGAGGGGUUCCUGCUGGUGUCCCUACGGGAGUCGCCACGCCCGGUCGAGACCCAGCGUUACAGGCGCUGCAAGUCGUCCAGGCGCUCCACGGCAAGACCUUGACAGCCCUCCCUGUCUCGUCAGUCCAGUACAGUCCGGGUUUAGAACACUCUGGAGGCAUAGACUUCAUUCCGUCGGCUCCGCGUCUGACGGCUGCCGCAUCGGCUGGCUCCAGUCUCAUCGACCCGCGACGCUCGUACGUCACUUACGUUGAGGCGCCACAGGAACACCCUUUCACGAACUUGAGAACGUCCCCUCCGCUGUAACUAUGAGGGUGGUUCAGGAGCUCAAAAACAGCACUAGUCUCCGCUUAGACGUGUAAAUAGUCAAUGUUUGCUCUGUUUUCUUGCGUGUGUGUGUGACGGUGAAUUCCCAUGGUCGACCAGGAACAAUGGAAACUUGCUCCAGCCUUGACGCUAGAAUGUUCGGCUAAGUGGUACGAGUCGGUACUACAGAGCUAUGCAAGGGUGGACGAUGACACAGGGCAAGAGGAAGGAUACAGAUGUGCGCAACCUCAACUUGCGUAAUGAUUUACGCCUGUUUGUGUCUUCAUCUAAUGUCUUCGCUUUGUCUAGAUUUGCGUGGUUCUGUAAUAAGGUGUAUCGC